AUGUACCAGAGCGAUGUCACGCGUCCUCUCCAGUUGCAGCAGUCUGUGGCGGCGGGCAGCUACACCAGCCAACAGCUGGAGCAGCGCGGGCAGCAGGUGGAGCCGCUGGGCGGUGUUCGUGCCAAGCGGGACGCAGCUGCGAGUGUCCAGCAACGUCUCUUGACUGAUUUAGAGUUGCGUGAGCAGACUGUGCGUCGCCUCCAGGGAGAACUCGAGGAGAAGAACGCAUUUAUCGAUGACCUCAAGUCGGCCCUCCGCUCACAAGAGGGCGUCUUCCAAGAGAUGCUUAAGGCUACAGAACAACUGCGCCUUGUUGAAGGCGUGAAGAACCAGAUGGAGAAGCAAGUGGUGUUGCUGCGUGCAGAAGUGAAGCACAUGGAAGAUCGCAUCAAGCAGCAAGAAACUGAACAUUCUGGUGAACUGGCGACAAAACUGGCGGAGCUGCAUGAGGCACACACGAAGGAAGUGGAGGCGGUGCAGGAGGCAUUCGCGCAGUAUGAUGCUGAUAUGACGGAGUACGUGGAGAAUCUGCGGAAGGAUAGGGAUCGUGAAGUGCACAAGUGGAGUGAGCAGGAACGGCUGUUGCAGAAACAGAUUGAGAGUCAAAAGCGUGAAAUUGCGGAACUGACAAACGCUCUUGCGUCACGAGGUGGUAGUCCAUCUCUGGGCAAGGCGGCAACAAGGAAUGACAAGACGCUAAAAUCCCGUGUCUUGCUAUCGCCGUCGCAGCAAAAGGGUGGGAAGGCACGUCAGGUCUGCCCCUCAGCAUCCGAACUAGAGCUCCAAAUGCUGUCACUAGAAGAAGAGCAUGAACGAAGCCGUCUGUACGCGAAGCUGCGCCAAUACGCCCGAAGUCAACGGCGUACCCCCAACAGGGUGCCAUUUGACGGAAAAGACGACAAC